AUGGCGUAUCAUAAAGGUUGGCGUUAUAGCGCUUUAAUAGGGGGUCUUGUGGGUUUACUCGGCCUUACAUUAUACCCUAUAGCGAUCAGUCCAAUGUUGGAUCCCUCAGAAUACAAAAAGAUUCAAAAGGAGAGUAGAAAAAAUAUUAGGCAAGAAGAUAUACAACCAGGCAAUAUGAAAGUUUGGUCUGACCCAUUUGGACGCAAGAAGCCUGAAAGCCAAGAU